UAAACAUUGCAGCCGAAGGAGGACCGAGAGGCGUCGCACGUGUGGCAGGCAAAUACUACGAAGGCCUGUUUUAAGCCAUUCUCAUAGCUGACUGCUGGGUUUACGACGAGAGCCGUAAAUGUCUUUGACUGCGAGGACAUUUUUGAAGUACAGAUGGUCAUGCUAGAUCACUCGAAGAUGGAUGAUAAUAUCAAUGCAAUUGUGGCAUCGGAUUUGCCUAGGGGAGUUGCAUUACUGGCUGACCUGACAACAAACAUCAAUAAUGUUACUGUUGGACUCCUUGCACUGAAAGAAAAGAUUGAAAAUGAUGAAUUGAACUCCUCUAAGGGCCUAAGUUUGCUGGAGCUGAAGAAUCAAUCCUUUUUGAUGUAUUUGUCCAAUCUCGCGUAUGUGACUCUCCGUAAACUACGUGGGGCAAAGUUAGAGAAUGAUCCAGCUAUUGACCGUUUGGUUGAAUUAAGAGUGGUUUUAGAAAGAAUACGUCCUCUUGAAGACAAACUAAAAUACCAAAUUGAUAAAUUUUUGAAGGUAGCAACAGAAGGUGUCCUCAGUGAGGAUGACCCGACCAGGUUAAAAGGAAACCUCGACAAUAUUGGCUCUUCUUCAGAUGAGGAAGAUGAUGAAGAAAAGACAAGUAGUGGAAAGAGUGCAACUAAGGAAGAAGACAAAACGUAUAAAAUUCCCAAAAUCAGUCAGAAUCCCUACGAGGAGGAAAAUAGCCGAGAAACAGAGAAGGAGAAGGCACGACGACGCACCCUCAACUCCAGCAUGGUACAAGAAGCCCUGUAUGAUUUCACUAAUGACCCAGAGGUUGUGUAUAACAUGGAUGCCCUGAAGCAGAAAUCCAUUAAGCGACGCAAGGAACUUGAAGCUUAUGAGGAAGAUAACAUGAUAAGAAAGUCCCUGACAAAGCGAGAACGAGCAUCCAUGAAUGAGAUAACCACCGCGGGCACAAUGGGCUCGGAGAUCCUUGGCUUCAACAGCCUGGAUGCCCUGUAUGACGGGUAUGAGCCAAAGGGCCCGCAAGCCAAAAAGAGGAAGACGGGGAAGAGUCCAAAGGGUAAAGGCAAAGGGAAAAAAGGUGGCAAGAAAAGAAAACAUUAGAUUCUAAAAAAAAUUUAUAUAUGAUAUUGUUGUUGCAUAUGUGAAAUGUAAAGUCCACAUAAAUAUUAUUUGAAUUAA